AUGCGCCUCGCUAUCCGAUCCUCCCCUAGUCCAAGACAGCCACAGCUGUGCACAGCCUUGUCCAAAAACCUAGGCCUUGUAGGCAGCAUCAUCCGUCUUCUUAAAGCUAUGCUGAGCAUCCUGGUGUUCAACAACCAUCAAUCAGCCAUCAUAACGACCCGAAGCAUGGCAUUGAAUAUGUGGCACAGCCCUACCUCCAACGAGCCAGCUCUUCGGCUCAGAGACAUGGACACGGACACGGACAUGGCGCCUGAGGAUGUCCGACCCAUUCACGGUUGCUGUAGAAAUGAAUGCACCUGUAGGUACCGUGAUGACGACCAACGCUCCGUGGCGCCGACGGAGAUUACUGUCAUCCUGAGACGAGACUUGGGAGUCUUCGAUGUCGCGGCACUGAUCAUUAACAAGCAAAUCGGAGCUGGCAUAUUUACAACCCCUGGCCUCGUGCUACAUCUCACCCAGAGCAAAACGAUAGGCACAGUGUUGUGGUUUUGUGGUGGCCUCUGGUCUUUUCUCAGUGUUCUCAUCUAUGUCGAGUUUGGAUCGGCCUUUCCCUUCAAUGGAGGGGAACUUAUCUAUUUGGAUGAGGUGUUCAAGACACCAGAGCUUCUAGCAACCAUCCUCUAUUCGUCGUUCUUUCUCGUCACGCCCAACACCGCUGGUAACGCGAUUCAGUUUGCCAAGCUAAUCUUACUCGCUGCAAACGCUGACUUCGAAGACACCCAACGGUUGGACCAGCGACUGAUAUCCUUUAUAGCAAUUGUCGGGCUGACUGGGGUCUGCUUCAUACACUACUUCUCGCGAAACUCCGGCCUCUUCCUCAAUAUUUUCUUUGUGGUCUUCAAAAUCGCCCUGCUCAUUGUGACCAUUAUCUGCGGUGGCAUCGCCAGCACUCGGGUGGACAAGAGCAAGGGGUCCUGGAGUUGGGGUAGUCAAGGUGGUCCUUCGAAUGUUCUCGCCGCUCUAGUAUAUGUUAUAUAUUCUUAUCAAGGAUGGGAAAAUGCGAACUAUGUCUGUAUCACUGCUGCCUCCCAUUUUUUUUUUGGCCAAUCACUGAUUUUAGGAUUCCUGGAGCAGGUCGGCGGAGAGUUGAAUGUCAAGAAGUCUGCCCUAAAAUGGGGUGCAUUUUUGGGUAUUGCCACUACUACCUUGCUUUAUACCCUGGUGACUGUGAUAUAUGAUCUGGUAUGUCCCUUUGACGACCUGACACAAACAAACACAGAUCUGGACAUAGUGCUCAACUUUGCUCCAACGGCUUUCGGCGGUACAUCUGGGGCCCAAGGAUUCAAAAUUUGCAUUGCCCUCUCGGCCUUAGGCAAUGUGAUUGCCGUGGUCUAUACCUCCGUCAAAGUCAAACAACAAAUCGCACGACAAUGCUUUAUGCCCUUCUACAAAUAUUUUGCAAGUGCAGAUAAACACUUCGGAACGCCUCUAGGUGCCUUGAUUCUACACUGGGUGGUCACGGUGAUAUGGAUUGGCGCCACUCCAAACACCACUGGCGGCUACGGAUUUAUCAUUGGCGCCUUCAUUUAUGGGCAGCUCAUUAUAGGAUUUUUCACUGGCUUCGCCUUCUUUUGGAUACGCCAUACGUUCGAAGCCGACACAGCCCGACGAGAUAUACUCGAUCCGGCACCGAAAUGGAAUCCUAUAGUCCUAGAGAACAGAUAUCUCCGGUAUGCCUGCACAUUGGUGUUUAUGGGCAUAAACCUUAUGGUCCUGGUCGAAGGUGCAAGGUCCUCUGGAAGUCCUCCACCGUGGCUGUGGCCUCCUAUCUUUGGGGGUCUCUUCCUCCUCGGGUUUAUAUACUGGUACAUUCUCUGGAUAAUGGCGCGAAGAUCCAAUGAAAAUAGUAUGCUGGAAGUUCGCAUCGUGAAGAAGAGUAGGAAGCCCGUUGAAGAACAGGAUCGGGCUGCGUUAAUGCAAGCCAUGGUAGAAGGAAAUACGAGAGUGGUAAUUUAUAAGUUUUGGCCUUUCGAAAUUGAAAAACUGGAUUACCAGGUAACUGAGAUGGAACCAUUAGUAUACUCAUUCUCAAACGGUCUAUUUUACUGUGAUUGA